CUUCCUGGGGCGGCUGUCCGCAGGCAGGUGGCGGGUGCGCCCGCCCGCAGUCACCCGGCUCCGGCCCCUCUUCGGCUGCUCACUUCCCAGCUCCAGAGGCCGCCUGGCUGGGCGCCCGCUUCCUUUUGUCUGGUGCAGAGAGGGCGUUUGCAUCACAUUUUGGAUACCUUCCUCUCUUUUUCCCCUCUUCUCUCUCUUCUCCCUCUCACAUCAUCUCCCCACCCCCGCUGCCGUUGCCCGCCGGACUGCUGACCUCCUGGAUCAAAGCCCGAGGACGUCUCUGCUGGAGUGAUGUUCCCUCUCCAGAAAGUUGCGGUCGUCCCUGCUGCUGCUGCCCCCUCCGCCGUCGCAGGAYGGUGAAACAAAGUCUAGCAGGGCUGACUCCUGGUGCAUGAGUGCACCUCUGCCCAGCAGCUGGACUCUACUGCCCGGCGUGCUAUCUCCUCCAGGGGAGUCAGAAACGUGCCCUGCCAUGGCCGAGGGCGCGGUCAGCAAGGAGGGUCCGGCGCCGCCCGACUCUGCUGGGGGCGAAGACGACCCCCGAGUGGGCCUCGACACCGCCUCGGGAGACACCGUGGCGGUGGCCGCUGGGGGCCGGAUGAGGGACCGUCGCAGCGGGGUUGCAUUGCCUGGCCCCGCAGGAGCCCCAGCGGACAGCGAGGCGGGCCUCCUGGAAGCUGCACGAGCGACCCCCAGGCGCAGCAGCAUCAUCAAGGAUCCUUCAAACCAAAAAUGUGGAGGAAGAAAGAAAACGGUAUCCUUCAGCAGCAUGCCAUCGGAAAAGAAGAUCAGCAGUGCACAUGACUGCAUCAGCUUCAUGCAAGCCGGCUGUGAACUGAAGAAAGUCCGGCCCAAUUCCCGCAUCUAUAACCGCUUCUUUACUCUGGACACAGACCUCCAAGCUCUUCGCUGGGAACCAUCCAAGAAGGACCUUGAGAAAGCUAAGCUUGAUAUUUCUGCCAUAAAAGAGAUCAGACUGGGCAAGAACACAGAAACAUUUAGGAACAAUGGCCUCGCUGACCAGAUUUGCGAGGACUGUGCUUUUUCUAUACUCCAUGGGGAGAACUAUGAGUCUCUGGACUUAGUUGCCAAUUCAGCAGAUGUAGCAAACAUCUGGGUGUCUGGGUUACGAUACCUGGUUUCUCGUAGUAAGCAACCCCUUGAUUUUAUGGAGGGCAACCAGAACACCCCAAGGUUCAUGUGGUUGAAAACGGUGUUUGAAGCGGCAGAUGUUGAUGGGAAUGGGAUUAUGUUGGAAGACACCUCUGUAGAGUUAAUAAAACAGCUCAACCCUACCCUGAAGGAAUCCAAGAUCAGGUUAAAGUUUAAAGAAAUCCAGAAAAGCAAAGAAAAACUAACCACCCGAGUGACAGAAGAGGAAUUUUGUGAAGCUUUUUGUGAACUUUGCACCAGGCCAGAAGUAUAUUUCUUACUUGUACAGAUAUCUAAAAACAAAGAAUAUUUGGAUGCCAAUGACCUAAUGCUUUUUUUAGAAGCUGAGCAAGGAGUCGCCCAUAUCACUGAGGAUAUGUGCUUAGACAUCAUUAAGAGAUAUGAACUUUCUGAAGAGGGACGUCAAAAAGGGUUUCUUGCAAUUGAUGGCUUUACCCAGUAUUUAUUGUCACCAGAGUGUGACAUUUUUGAUCCUGAGCAAAAGAAGGUUGCCCAAGAUAUGACCCAACCCUUAUCUCACUACUAUAUCAAUGCCUCUCAUAACACCUAUCUCAUCGAAGACCAGUUCAGGGGACCAGCUGAUGUCAAUGGAUAUGUUAGAGCUUUGAAAAUGGGCUGUCGAAGUGUUGAACUGGAUGUAAGUGAUGGUUCAGACAAUGAACCAAUCCUGUGUAAUAGAAACAACAUGACAUCACACGUCUCCUUUCGAAGUGUCAUAGAGGUGAUAAAUAAAUUUGCCUUUAUUGCUUCUGAGUACCCUCUCAUUCUUUGCUUGGGGAAUCACUGCUCCCUACCACAGCAGAAGGUAAUGGUUGAACAGAUGAAAAAAGUCUUUGGCGAUAAACUCUAUACUGAAGCACCUUUGCCAUCAGAAUCCUACCUCCCAUCACCAGAAAAACUAAAAAGAAUGAUCAUUGUGAAAGGAAAGAAAUUGCCUUCUGAUUCCGAAGUGUUAGAAGGAGAAGUAACAGAUGAAGAUGAAGAAGCUGAAAUGUCUCGAAGGAUGUCAGUAGAUUACAAUGGUGAGCAGAAACAAAUUUGGCUCUGUAAGGAGCUCUCUGAUUUGGUAUCUAUUUGUAAAUCUGUUCAGUACAGGGAUUUUGAAGUGUCUAUGAAAAGCCAAAACUAUUGGGAAAUUUGCUCAUUUAGUGAGACAGAGGCCAGCCGAAUUGCAAAUGAAUAUCCAGAGGAUUUUGUAAAUUAUAACAAGAAGUUCUUAUCAAGAAUAUAUCCAAGUGCCAUGAGGAUUGAUUCCAGUAACUUGAAUCCACAGGACUUUUGGAAUUGUGGCUGUCAGAUUGUAGCAAUGAAUUUUCAGACUCCAGGUCCAAUGAUGGAUCUUCACACAGGCUGGUUUCUUCAAAAUGGAGGAUGUGGUUAUGUUCUAAGGCCAUCAGUCAUGCGAGAUGAAAUAUCUUACUUCAGUGCAAAUACAAAGGGCAUUGUACCUGGGGUGUCUCCUCUGGCUCUUCACAUCAAGAUCAUCAGCGGUCAGAAUUUCCCAAAGCCCAAGGGAGCUUGUGCCAAAGGGGAUGUCAUAGAUCCCUAUGUUUGUAUAGAGAUCCAUGGAAUUCCUGCAGACUGCUCUGAACAAAGAACUAAAACUGUACAGCAAAACAGUGAUAACCCUAUUUUCGAUGAAACGUUUGAGUUUCAAGUGAACCUUCCUGAGCUAGCCAUGAUCCGUUUUGUUGUCCUUGAUGAUGACUACAUUGGGGAUGAGUUUAUAGGACAAUAUACAAUACCCUUUGAAUGUUUGCAGCCUGGAUAUCGGCAUGUUCCCUUGCGCUCCUUUGUGGGUGACAUCAUGGAGCACGUCACCCUUUUUGUCCACAUAGCAAUAACUAAUCGAAGUGGAGGAGGAAAGGCACAGAAGCGCAGCCUUUCAGUGAGAAUGGGGAAGAAAGUUCGAGAAUAUACUAUGCUCAGGAAUAUCGGUCUUAAAACCAUAGAUGACAUCUUCAAAAUUGCAGUGCAUCCCUUACGAGAAGCCAUAGAUAUGAGAGAAAAUAUGCAGAAUGCGAUAGUGUCCAUUAAGGAACUGUGUGGACUCCCUCCAACUGCCAAUCUGAAGCAGUGCCUGUUAACCUUGUCCUCUCGGCUCAUCACCAGUGACAAUACUCCCUCAGUCUCUCUUGUGAUGAAAGACAGCUUUCCAUGCCUGGAGGCUCUAGGUGCAAUUCCAGAUGUGCAGAAAAAGAUGCUGGCUGCUUAUGAUCAGAUGAUUCAAGAGAGCCGGUUUCUCAUAGAAAUGGCAGACACAGUCCAUGAAAAGAUUGUACAGUGUCAGAAAGCAGGGAUGGAGUUCCAUGAAGAACUUCAUAACCUGGGGGCAAAGGAAGGACUGAAAGGAAGAAAACUCAACAAGGCCACUGAGAGCUUUGCCUGGAACAUCACGGUACUAAAGGGACAAGGAGACCUGUUGAAGAAUGCCAAGAAUGAAGCUAUAGAAAACAUGAAGCAGAUCCAGCUGGCAUGCUUGUCUUGUGGACUGAGUAAAGCCCCCAGCAGUAGUGCUGAAGCCAAGGGCAAGCGCAGCCUGGAAGCAAUAGAGGAGAAGGACGGUGGCGAGGAGAAUGGGAAGCUGUGACCCUGGCAGUACUGACAUGCUCACCCGUCCUUCUCAAGGACUCUGGUUUCUCAUACUUGUAUUCUUGUUUUCUUUAUUUACGUUUUUUUUUUUUAGAAGUUCACAAGGAGAUAAUCUUCUGUGGAGUAUUGGACAUAAACAUUUAUUUUCACACUGUCAGUAUUUUAAUGUAGUUAAUUUAUCUCAGUUGAAACCUUCAGUAACAGUGUUUUAAAUUCUGAAGUGUGUAUACACACCCAUGACCCAUAUGU